UUCUUUCAUAUGUACUCUCUCCAACAACUCAAAGAUCUCCCUCUCAUCUUUCUCUUAUUUUUCUGAAUUUUUCUCUCCAAUUCCAUCUAUGGGUCCGAUCGUUUUGACUCAGAUGGCAACCGGUUUGGGCGUGUUGGCCGGAGCCGUGAUUGUCAAAUCGGUUAUGGACCAGAAACCCAUGGCCGGACCGUUUCAGAGAUGCGCCACUUGCAACGGCACGGGACUCGUUUCGUGUAUUUGUUCUCGCUGGUCGGAUGGCGAUGUCGGCUGUAGGACUUGCUCGGGAUCGGGUCGAAGGGCUUGCAGCAGUUGCGGUGGAUCAGGUACGGGCCGCCCUAUUCCGGCCCAAUUAUCUGUCCGUCAACCGACGAACCGAAGCUCCUGAUAUCGAGAUUCCGGCUCUCCUUACUAUAAUUUUACAUAAUUUUCUUUUUAGAAAUUUAAUUAUGUCAUAUAAUGGUGAUGGGAAUGUUGUGAACUCAUAAUCUUGUAUUAAAAUGACUUCUUAUAACAGUUUACAAAGUAAAACUUUAGCUUA